GGCGCAGUGUACCUAGGUAUCCAGUACCGCGGUUUUCAAAUAAAUUAUUGGUUUUUAAACUUUUAUUUAACAAUGGACAAUAAUAAUAGUUACGAAGAUGAACAAAACAGAGGAUGUUUUAAAGUUCCACAUAAAAUAUACGGAAAUUUAUACAUUACAUAUAGUGAAAAAAGUUCGCUUACAGUGUUGUGGAAUGUUUACCAAAUAUUUGUUUACGACGACCGUAUAUUUGAGAGUCCUAAAGUAUUCAUUCCGGAAUUCAACAUUUCCAAUGUAAUCGUAUGUAAUAAUUAUCUCAUUUGUCUAGAUGAUAACGAUAAUAUUCACAUAACACCCCUUAAAUUCAAGCACUCAGCACAAAAGCGGUUGAAAAGUAGCUUUCAACCCAGAGAACAAGGUGUUAUGUGUAUUGAAAACUUUAAUGAAAAUGCUAUUUGUAUAAAACAUACAUCUUUCAAUUAUUAUUUAUGUAUGUACAAAGUAAGUACCAAUUUUAUAUUAGAAUCUGAACAUAAAAUUAUGUUUGACACACUAUCACUGACAAACUUAGAAGCCAAACCUUGGAUUUUCCAUGCUUACUCAACAACUUCCUCGGAAUAUGAUAGGAUAAAAGACUACUACCAACAAAAGGAAACUUGGAAAGACCAUGUAAUUGUUGUUUUUAGUAUAGAUAGAAAAAAUGUGUUCAGUGUUUUAUAUAGCAGCAAAAAUAGCAAUGAGAAUUUGAUUCCUAUCAAACUGUAUACAUGCCCUUCGGAGAUAGCUGAUGCAUAUUAUGUUGUAAAAACAAACAACAUUCAUUUUAUAUUAGGACUGACUAUUGGAACUUUGAUUAAAAUUUCACUUACCAACCCAAAAAAUGAUGCUAAAAUAAUCCAUUUAAAUGCUGCUAUUAGUAAAAUAAUUUCCAUUGAAGAUGGUGAGGUAUACACAGAUGGAAAUGCUUUGUGGAAAUCUGAGGAAACAUUUACAAAUGCUAUAAAAUUUAAGAAAUGUUCAGUAGCACAAGUUAAAGACUUUGUUGUAAUAACAAAUAAAAUAUUGUGUACUACAUUCAGCAAUUUAGUAUAUUUACUUUCAAUUAAUACUAUGCUAUUUGAAGAAUUACCCCUGGAUAUAUACUGUCCAGCCAGCAAAGUACUUAGUAAUGAUGAUUGCCUUGCAAAAAUUAUGAAAGAAAUCACAAAAUCUAAUGAAAUAGUGAAGAAAAUCAAAGAGGAGGAAAGGUACUUAACAAUAUUAUCACUAGCCAACCGAUAUGACAUUCUGGAUGAGGUAAUUGUCUAUAAAGUAGAUGUUUAUGAAACAUUUGGUGAUGUACCAAAAGAAGAUUUAACUUUAGUUGAAAAUAUUGAGAAGUAUUAUUCUAAGGAUACACUUUGUUUUUUAUUAAAUGUUAAUAUAAAACCUUUUAGUAAAUUUGUUGAAUUGUUAUCUAAUAUGUUUGGCAAUUUGAUGAUACAUAUAGCUGUAUCAACUCGCACAAAUUGCAUUAAAACCUUGAGCAUUAAUAUUGAAGGACAAUUGAAAAAAGCCAACUUAGCAGUGCCAGUUUGCACAAAGAAAACUGAUUUAAACAGAGUGUCCAUUGAAAUUAAAUUAAUUAGUAGUAUCACUGAAGUAUUCAACUCUACACAAAAUAUGUGGACAGUUCUUUACAGCAAGAGAUUUUAUUUGAAUUCUGAACACUUUAUCAAGACUCAGGCUAACAACAUUUAUUCUGAAGUUGAAGGAGAAUUAGUUGACCCAUUAUAUCAAGUCGCUGUUUCUCAUUAUGGGCACUUAUAUAAAUUUAAUAGAGAGAAAAGAAAAACCAUUGAGUGGUUGCUGUAUGCAAAACUAGCAGAAAAUUACCAGGACAUCUUCAACAACAAAAUUUACUUACAUUCACAUCUCAGUACAAGAAAAGCUGAUAUUAUAUUGAAACAAAUUACCUCUGAUGAAUUUUUAAAAUCUAAGUGUGAAGUUGUAUUUGAAAUUGGAGAAGACAAAGUUCGAUUAGAAAUAAUAAAUGAUGGAUUUUGUAAGCCUACACUUAAGAUUAGAUGUACCAAUGUUGAAAAAUCUUAUCACAUAAGAAACUUUUUGUCUCAAAUGGUAAAUAGAAAUUUCAAUGACUUUGAAGUAAACAAAGAAUUUGUGGACCAUGAGUUAUAUUCAACAAUAGAGAAGUUUCAGAGAAUUCUUCAGGAAAUAAACAACAGACCACAUUCAAAUACUGAAUUUAUGAAAAUAUUUGAGAAGUACCAAAGAAGUGUUAUUGGAAAACUGCCUAUUUAAUAUUGGUAAUUGUUUGGAUAAAAAUUAACUGUUAAAUUAGUUGAUAACUUAGUUAACAUUAACCAUAAUUAAAAAGUUACAAAUCUAAA